UGAAGUUUAGUUUGGCGCAGGAGUCUGGGAGGAGGAAACGAAAAAUCAGCUUGUUUGUCAUCCCGUGGAGAAAAAAGGGAAUUUUGCAGGAAAGCUGGUGGUGUGGAGUGACUGAAAUUACCAAAAAAAAAAAAGACUCAUGGUGUGUACCGUGUGAGUGCGAAGCCUGUGAUAAAUGUGCUCUAGCUUACACCCUCAUGACUACGGAGGCUCUGCUGCAACUGGAUUUGGACGAGAAAACACAAGAGAGCCCCCAGAGAGACACCCUGUCGCACCAGCAGACCCACCAGAGGGACCCCCAGGAGCAGAAUUCGCGACAACAGACAAGCAGGAGCACCAGAAAGUGGUGCCCCGAUGACAAGAGCAGCGUGAUUUCCCUUUCCAGCUCAUCCACGGCAGGUGCUGACGACGAGGACGAGGAAGAGAUUUGUCUUGUGCCCGAGGUGAAUUUUGAGGGCAUCAAUCUGGACCCAGCUGGAAUUGACAACCGGGAGUCGCAGCCUCUCCUUGGUGGGCGCGACUGUCCGGACACAGCAAUCAAUAGUUUCCCAGAUGAUCCGCAAUUCAGUGAGUUGGUAAAUCAAGCUGAAAUUGCAAUUGAACAUGGAAUUUAUCCAGAACGAAUUUAUCAAGGAAGCAGUGGAUCGUAUUUUGUGAAGAACCCAUCAGGGAAAGUAAUUGGUGUCUUUAAGCCAAAGGAUGAGGAGCCAUAUGGACGCUUAAACCCAAAAUGGACCAAAUGGAUGCACAAGCUAUGCUGUCCGUGUUGCUUCGGACGUGCGUGCUUAAUCCCGAACCAGGGCUACCUCUCCGAGGCGGGUGCUAGUUUGGUGGACCAAAAGUUAAAAUUGAACGUUGUGCCGAAGACACGGGUGGUCCGCCUCGUUUCGGAGACGUUCAACUACAUGCGCCUGGAUCGGCAGAAAGCACGCAUCAAGAAGACGAUUAAGGAGCGCUAUCCAUCGGCACGCUUUAACCGGAUGAGUCUCCCGCCGAAAGUGGGUUCGUUUCAGCUCUUUGUCGAUGGGUACAAGGAUGCCGAUCACUGGUUACGACGCUUCGAGCAGGAGCCCCUCCCAUCGAAACUAAACACGACGUUUCAGCUGCAAUUUGAGCGUCUCGUUGUGCUGGACUACAUUAUCCGGAAUACCGAUCGUGGGAACGACAACUGGCUGAUUAAGUACGAUCAACCGACAAUUGUGAACAAUGGCACAGCGACGAAUGGCGCAAGUGCAGCUGGGCACAGUAAGCAGGAUCUCAAUGAUCACACGGACUGGAAUAUGGUUCAGCUGCCUGAAAUACGGAUAGCGGCCAUUGACAAUGGGUUAGCCUUUCCGUUUAAGCAUCCCGAUUCGUGGCGGGCCUACCCCUACCAUUGGGCCUGGCUGCCACAGGCAAAGAUUCCAUUUAGUCAAGAAAUCAAGGACUUGGUUUUGCCACUACUGUCUGAUUUCAACUUUGUCGAAGAACUCUGCAAUGACCUAUUCCAGCUUUUCAAGCAAGAUAAAGGAUUUGAUAAGGGGCUCUUUGAACGUCAAAUGUCUGUGAUGCGUGGUCAAAUAUUGAAUUUAACACAAGCCCUCAAAGAUGGGAAAAGUCCCCUGCAGUUAGUCCAAAUGCCAGCGGUUAUUGUUGAAAGAUCAAAAGCCAAUCCAGGAUCGUCGCGGUUCUUCUCAUUUCAGCAACGCUUCCAGAACAAAAGUCCCUUCUUUUCGUGGUGUUAACCCUCUAAAGGCGCGUUGGUUUAUUUUAACGUGAGGAUUUUCUGCGAAUCACCUCCCACGCCCCCGCCCUUCUUCGUCGUGGGACUUGGGAGUGGUGGGUGAGCAUUAUUGAGAUAAACAUUAAAAGAAAGAGAAAGAAAGAAAAAUUAUGAUUAAGAAAACAAUACCAAUUUAGAGAUGCAACAAAGUUCUAUAUUAUAUAUUUCUCCACCAGUUAAGUUUCUAUUUGUGAGCCAUUUGGAAAAAAGAAAUUCUUGAGAACAAAAGAAAACUCUUUAUUUUGUACAUUUAACUAGACUUUUAUAAUAAUAAAAAAAAUAAAUAAAUAAAUUGCGUAGGGUGAGAAUGAAAAUAUAAUCAAUGCAUAGUCAGAAGUGAAUUUUCUUCAUGCGGUCUGUUCUUUGCCUCCGCUGUGUUUGUGGAGAUUCUGGACGGAGAUUAUUCAAAUAUUUAAUCAAAUUACCUACCUUACAUAAAAAAAAAAAUAGUAAAUAUUUAUCAAUAGCAGCAAAGUUCCAAGGAAUGUGCAAAGGAGAAAGACGCAGGGAGAUAUUUAUUUGAACGUGUAUUUAAGUUAAAUUGAUCCGAAUGUGUAUAGGAGUGCCGAGAUGUGAGGAAUAAAUUAAAAAAUUUUGCAAAUCCACUAAA